AUGCCGGUCUUCACGGAGUAUUCCGCCGCGUCGCGCGAGCUUCGCGUUCUCCCCUCCUUCGCUCCCCCGCUGCCACGUCUAGCUCCACAACCCUCGGCCAGCACAACGGAAAAAUAUGAAGUCGUCAUCGUGGGCGCCGGGCCUGCAGGGCUUAUGCUGGAGCUUCUUCUCUCCCGAUACGGACUGAGUGACAAGUCACUGCUGUGCGUAGACUCCAAGCCUACAACACUGAAGUCUGGCCAAGCCGAUGGACUUCAGCCACGCACACUUGAGACGCUGAAGUCGCUAGGUUUGGCGGAUGAGAUUCUUACCGAAGGGUGUCAAAUGUGGCAGGUCGCAUUUUGGAAUCCUUCGAACGAUAAAGAUAAAAUCAUUGAACGUACCUCGAUUGUCCAGGACGUCGCUGUCCCUGCUCGCUUCCCGCACGAAGUUACAAUUCACCAAGGCCGAAUUGAACGGAUUUUGGAAACGGAUUUGCUGCGCUAUUCGAAGCGCGGUGUGCAGCGGAAUACCAAACUUAUCGAGGUUAAGAUUGAUGAGGAAGGCGAUUCGGAGUUCCCAGUGCUGGCAGAGAUUGAGACCGAAGGACAAAAGCGCCAUGUGAGAACAAAGUAUCUCGUGGGAGCCGACGGCGCACAUUCCGCCGUUCGACGCAGCAUGGGUCUUAAGCUUGAGGGUGAAUCCCUAGAUCACAUUUGGGGCGUCGUCGAUCUUGUCGUCGACACCGAUUUCCCUGAUAUCAGGAGACGUUGCGCAAUUCACUCACCGGCGGGCUCCGUGAUGGUGAUUCCUCGCGAGCGCAUCGCGACUGGCGAUUACUUGACACGACUGUACGUGCAAGUGCCCGGGGAUGUGAAUCCCGACAGCGAUCAACAGACUGCGGAUAGCAAGAAGACGCCUUCAACAGCAGAUGCCAGAGCUCGCCGGAGCCAGGUAACCCAACAGACCAUCUUCGACAACGCAGCGGCGGUAUUAAAGCCGUACUAUAUUCGACCGAAGAAAGACGGAGCUGUAGACUGGUGGGCGGCUUAUCAGAUCGGCCAGCGGGUCACCGAUAACUUCUCGGUCAAGGAUUCAAAGGGUGUGAAUCGUGUUUUUAUUGCGGGAGAUGCUUGCCAUACACAUAGUCCGAAGGCAGGACAAGGCAUGAAUGUCUCUAUGAUGGACUCUUACAACCUGGCCUGGAAACUGGCCUAUGCCAUCCAUGGCCUCACACCCGGCGGUAGCAACGGAGCACCGGAUCCCCUCCUUGAUACAUACCACACCGAACGUCACACUAUUGCACAACAACUCAUCGAAUUUGACCGAGACUUUUCAUCCAUGUUUUCCGGGAAGAUUGGCGCGUCGGAAGAUGGUGUUGGAGGGUUAACUCAUGAUCAGUUCCUCGAGGUAUUCAGCCGGGGCAAUGGGUUUACCAGUGGUUGCGGGAUUGAGUAUCCCGACAAUAUGGCCGUGGUGCGAGACCUAGAAGAUGGCAAUAACCCAAUCAAGGGUACCAAUUAUUUGUCAGGCAUUCUGCGUCCCGGACGACGACUAUUGAACGUGCGUCUGAUCCGUCAUGCGGAUGGUUAUCUUCGUGACCUGCAAGAUGAUUUCGCAUCUACCGGCCGAUUCCGCAUUCUGUGUCUGACAUCGUCGGAUUUGCUGAACCCUGAUGGUACUUCUGCUCGGACGCUGGCUCAGCUCGGUGCAGUCAUUCCCCGUUUCCCGCAGUCGGUGCUCGAGCAGGUAGUCGUUCACCCUCGUCUUGAUAGAGACUUCACGUGGAACGAUCUCCCACAAGAUGUCAAGCAAUACUCUGAAAUGUCGUUCUACAGUGGAUAUGAGAUGGACGAUGUCUACGGUAUUUACGGUGUCAACCCGACUGACGGUGCUUUGGCUAUUGUUCGGCCCGAUGGGUACAUUGGUGUCAUUGCUGUAUUGGACGACGUGAAACGGGUGGAAAGAUACUUGGAAGCAUUGAUCCGUACAGUCUAG